AUGUCCAUACACAUCACCCCCGAGCAGCUAACACAUAUUAACCAGCAGCUCGCCCAGCUCACACCCCAGGAAAUUAUUCGGUGGAGCUAUAUCACCUUUCCUCAGCUUUACCAAAUUACAGCUUUUGGUCUUACUGGGCUUGUCACCAUCGAUAUGAUCUCUAAAAUGAAUCUUGAGGUGGACUUGGUGUUCAUUGAUACGUUGUUCCACUUCCCCCAGACUUUGGAGCUUGUGGACAAAGUUGAACAGAAAUACGGUAAGAGUGUCACUGUGUUCAAACCCAAUGGAUUUGACACGGAGAAACAGUUCACCGACGUACAUGGCAGCUUGUGGGAAACCGACGACUUGAAGUACGAUUUCCUCGUCAAAGUGGAACCGUUGCAAAGAGCAUACAAACAGUUGAAUAUUAAUGCUGUUCUCACGGGGAGAAGAGGUAGUCAAGGUGGAGACAGAAGCAAUUUACCAUUUGUGGAGAUUGAUCACGAGUUCAAUAUCAUCAAGAUCAACCCAUUUUUGACGUGGAAGUUUGACCAGGUACAGCAGUAUGUCACUGAAAACAGUGUUCCUUACAACGAGUUGUUGAACUUGGGAUACAAAUCUGUGGGAGACUGGCAUUCAACAGAACCUGUUGCCGAUGGAGAAGAUGAGAGAAGCGGUAGAUGGAAGGGGAAGGCCAAAACGGAGUGUGGGAUUCAUCUGACGUCCAAAUAUGCAUUGUAUUUGAAAAACCAAGCGUUGGGCGAGCAGCAGAAGGCUGCCUAG